AUGCGUCAAACUGAUGCUGACAGUACAAACGCAGCACUGUGCGAGAUCUUCAAACGUUGGGGCUGUCCGCUUAUCUUACAGAGCGAUAAUGGGCCACCAUUCCAAAGUACGAAUUUUAUCAAGUUUUGGGAAGAUCGGGGAGUAAGAGUCAAGAAAUCAAUCCCUUUGAGUCCGCAGUCUAAUGGAGCCGUCGAAAGACAGAACCAGGGCAUCAUUAAAUGUCUAGCGGCCUCCAAAAUUGAGGGGACAAACUGGAAACUUGCACUAAAUUCGUAUGUUCACAAUCACAACACUCUUGUUCCCCAUUCUCGUCUUGGGGUGACCCCCUUCGAAUUGAUGGUUGGCUGGAAAUAUAGAGGUACAUUCCCCAGCUUGUGGAGUCAAACAAACUUAGAUCUCGAGGAUAUCCGUGAGCGCGAUAAAACAGCAAAACUCAUUAGUAAACAAUCCGCAGAUGCCUCACACAGAGCAACAGAGUCUGACAUCACCGAAGGAGACACUGUUUUGUUAGCCCAAUAUCGGAAGUCGAAAACAGACCCGAUUUUUUCGUCUGAGCGUUUUAAAGUGGUUAAACGCCAGGGGGCAAAAGUAGUUAUAAUCAGCCCAGCCGGCGUACAGUAUUCUCGAAACGUCCAGGACGUCAAAAAAGCUCCUAUAGCAAAUGACUCGAUUCUCCAGCCCGGUAACACAUCACCAGAAAUUGACGAUGGAUCCUUGAUGCUGUCAGAUGCAAACACAACCAACGAAUUACCUUCGCCUUCUGAGCUCAGAGAUGGAUCAAAUGCCUCCAGAUUUCGGGAUAGAUCUGCUGUUAAAAAGCCCGCUCGGUUCGACGACAAUUAUGUGUAUGUGCUGUUUGAUUGA